AUGAAUCACAUGAAUGAAAAUUUUCCAGAGGAUUUCAUUCUCACGGGCUUUACCAAAUAUCCUUGGUUGGAUCCUCCUCUCUUCUUUGUCCUCUUGGCCUCCUACAUGUCCACAUUGUUGGGAAACAUUGCUAUUAUUCUGGUCUCUCAGCUAGAUUCCCACCUUCAAAGUCCUAUGUAUUUCUUUCUCACCAGUCUUUCUUUUUUGGAUGUCUGUUUCACUACCACAACUGUACCUCAAAUGCUGUUCAACUUAGGGGGACCCAACAAAAACAUCACUUAUAUAGGCUGUAUGUCUCAGGCUUAUGUAUUUCACUGGCUAGGUUGUACCGAAUGUGUCCUGCUUGGCAUCAUGGCCUUAGACCGCUAUGUGGCUGUGUGUAAGCCUCUGAGGUACUCUGUAAUCAUGGACCAUAAGCUCUGCCUGCAGCUGUCCAGCACUGCCUGGCUCGUUGGUCUGGCCAAUUCACUGCUGCAGUCCACACUCACAGUCCAGCUGCCCCUGUGUGGGAACCAGGUACUGGACCACUUCUUUUGUGAGCUGCCUGGUCUUAUUAAGAUGGCUUGCGUGGACACUACAAUCAACGAGAUUACUUUAGCAGUGGUGGCCACUCUCCUGAUAAUGGGUCCCCUCUCUAUGAUUCUUGUCUCUUAUAGUUACAUUGCCCGAGCUGUAUUUCGAAUCCCUUCUGCUGAUGGGAGACUUAAGGCCUUCAACACUUGCUCAUCGCACUUGCUGGUGGUGUCUUUAUUUUAUGGGCCUGGCAUCUACAUCUAUAUGCAGCCCACAGGGGAUGGCCCUCAAGACCUCACCAAAAUCUUGACCCUGUUUUACUGUGUUAUUACUCCUAUGGCUAACCCAUUUAUCUACACCCUGAGGAACAAAGAAGUUAAAGAAGCUUUGAGAAAAGUUGUGAGGAAGACCAUUUCAUCUAAGAGAAUAUGA